GGACUGUCGCCAGGGGGAGGCGCGCGCCAGGCCGCCCGUUCCUUCCUUCCUCCCUUCCUUCGCUCGCUGCUUGUGGCGGUCGGUUGGUCAGUCAGUCAGUCAGGCGGGCAGCCCGCGAGGCGGCGGCGCCUCCUGCCAUUGUUCCUCGGGCGGCGGCGGGAGCGGGAGCGGCGCGAGCAUCCCGAGCCCAGCACGGUACAUCAUGACAACAGAGAAGGGCUUAGUGGCUGAGGCCGAGAAUCCACAACACCAACAGCAGAAAGAAGAAGGUGAAGGAACCACCAGAACAGGAACACAACAGGCUCAGCUGGAGGAAUCAUCGCAGAAGGCAGCCGAGGGGAUUAAUCAUUACGAACAGAAGCAGAAGGCUUCCAAUGGGGAUACCCCUUCACACGAGGACUUGAGUAAGAACAAAGAGCGGACAUCAGAAAGCCGAGGCCUGUCCCGUCUGUUCUCCUCUUUUCUCAAGAGGCCUAAGUCUCAAGUCUCCGAAGAUGAAGGCAAAGAAAUAGAAUUAGCUAAGGAUAAAAGAGAGGGAGGUCAGAGAGAAACAGAGUUUGGAGCUUGUCUUGAUGAAGAGAUCCUUUUAAAGGCCCCCAUAGCUGCCCCUGAACCUGAACUUAAAACAGACCCAUCUUUGGACCUUCAUUCUUUAAGCAGCGCAGAAACACAGCCUGCCCAGGAAGAACAUGGAGAAGAUCUAGAGUUUGAAACUAAGGAAGGAGAAGAACUUGAAGAAGGCUCCAACACAGAUGUGAAAAAAGAAAGCUUGGAACCAAAAACUGAGAAAGAGCUUGGGUCUUCCCAGAAAGCUGUCAGAAGACACAGAAACAUGCACUGCAAGGUGUCCUUGCUGGAUGACACAGUUUAUGAAUGUGUUGUGGAGAAACAUGCUAAGGGACAAGAUCUGAUAAAGAAAGUAUGUGAACAUCUCAAUCUAUUGGAAGAGGACUACUUUGGUCUAGCCAUAUGGGAUAAUGCAACUUCCAAGACUUGGCUGGAUUCUGCCAAAGAAAUAAAAAAGCAGGUUCAUGGAGCCCCUUGGAAUUUUACAUUCAAUGUGAAGUUUUAUCCACCUGACCCAGCGCAAUUAUCAGAAGAUAUAACAAGGUAUUACUUAUGCCUUCAGCUUCGGCAGGACAUUGUUACAGGACGACUGCCCUGCUCCUUUGCCACUUUAGCUCUGCUGAGUUCUUACACUGUCCAGUCUGAAUUGGGAGACUAUGACCCAGAACUUCAUGGUGCUGAUUACGUUAGUGAGUUUAAACUGGCCCCAAAUCAGACCAAAGAACUUGAAGAGAAGGUCAUGGAACUUCAUAAGUCAUAUAGGUCUAUGACUCCAGCCCAAGCUGACCUGGAAUUUCUUGAAAAUGCCAAAAAGCUGUCCAUGUAUGGAGUUGACCUUCAUAAAGCAAAGGACUUGGAGGGAGUGGACAUCACACUGGGAGUGUGUUCCAGUGGCCUUCUUGUUUACAAAGACAAGCUGAGAAUUAACCGCUUUCCUUGGCCCAAAGUGCUGAAGAUUUCCUAUAAGCGUAGCAGCUUUUUUAUCAAGAUUCGACCUGGAGAGCAUGAACAAUACGAAAGUACCAUUGGAUUCAAACUUCCCAGUUAUCGAGCAGCUAAGAAAUUGUGGAAAGUAUGUGUAGAGCAUCAUACAUUUUUCAGACUAACAUCCACCGAAACCAUCCCCAAGAGCAGGUUCCUUGCCCUAGGAUCCAAAUUUCGUUACAGUGGCCGGACUCAGGCCCAGACCAGACAAGCCAGCGCUCUUAUUGACAGGCCCGCGCCACACUUCGAGCGUACGGCAAGCAAACGGGCCUCUCGGAGCCUCGAUGGAGCUGGAGCAGUAGAGACACCAGACCGAAGCCCUCGGCCUACCUCAGCACCAGCCAUUGCUCAGAGCCAUGGUCCAGAAGGCAACUUUCCUGGUACCUCGAAUGGCAAGAAACCCACAGUCUCUAAAGUGCAGAAGGAAACUGUGAAGGUAGAGAUUAAAAAGGAAGAAGUGGCACCCGAAGAAGUGGAACCAGAGCCCACUGAAGUAUGGAAGGUGGAAAAAACCCACAUCGAGGUCACACCACCCACCAUAAAUGGUGACCAAAUCCAGCAACCUGCAGAAAAAACAGAAGAUCUGAUAAGAAUGAGGAAGAAAAAAACAAAGAGACUAGAUGGUGAAAACAUUUAUAUCAGACAUAGCAAUUUAAUGUUGGAGGAUUUAGACAAGACCCAGGAGGAGAUCAGGAAGCACCAUGCCAGCAUUAGUGAGCUCAAGAAGAGCUUCAUGGAGUCUGUCCCAGAGCCUCGGCCCAGCGAGUGGGACAAACGCCUGUCGGCUCACUCUCCCUUCCGGACGCUGAACCUCAAUGGGCAGAUUCCCUCAGGAGAAGGAACUAUGAAUGACAUUCCUAAAGAGGAAGUGGAUGCAGUGACAGAGAAACCAAACCUUGACUCUGAAUGGGAGGGCCUUGAGCAUUCAGUAGCUCAUAGUGGGACCCAAAUGACAACCCCCUUGGAGUCUCUACAAAGCCAUGACUUUGGGCCUGUCUCCAUAAACAUCAAGGAGGCAGAAGACAAGGCACAUGGGCCAGCUGGUCUCUUUGGUAACAAGGAGAUGCUAAGUUGUCCAAAUGGGGUAUGUACAGGUGUAGAAGAGCAAGCUGGUGCCUUAGAACUCUCGAAGUGCAUGCUCUCAGAAACACCUGCUUCCUGUCAGCUGUAUGCUGGUGAAAAAGAGGCAGAGGGUGGUGAAGACCAUGUUACACCAAAUGAGCAACCUGGGAAGCAAAAUGGACCAUAUCCUGACUUUCACGUGGGUUCAGGGUUCCCCACCCUCAUUCGAAGUUUCCAGCCUCCCCUGGUAAAGACUCAGACUGUCACCAUCUCAGAUGUUGCUAAUGCUGGGAAAAGUGAAAUCCCAACCAAAGAUGUCCCCAUUGUUCACACUGAGACAAAAACCAUCACUUAUGAGGCUGCCCAGACCGAGGAGGGCAAUGGUGACUUAGACCCUGGUGUCCUGCUGACAGCUCAGACCAUUACAUCAGAGACCACCAGCAGCACCACCACAACUCAGAUUACCAAGACCGUGAAAGGUGGGAUCUCAGAGACCCGAAUUGAAAAAAGAAUUGUGAUCACAGGAGAUGCUGACGUUGAUCAUGAUCAGGUCCUUGUGCAGGCAAUCAAAGAAGCCAAGGAGCAGCACCCUGACAUGUCAGUGACCAAGGUUGUUGUCCAUCAGGAGACUGAGAUAGCUGAGGAGUAACUCAGGAAUCUCACCCCACACCUUUUCCAGUCUUGGAGAAAACUAACAGAACAAUAAGGAAACUUCCUGCAGCAUUCAGGCUUUGGACUUUCAAGAUUUUUCUAAAAUCACUGAAAAUUCAUCUUCCUUUGAAUUUGGAGUUAAUGACGUGGGAUUCUUCUAGAUGCCACUGAGCCUUUGCCAUAGCUUUUUCUAGAUUGUGAUGUCAGAAACUGCCCAGCUUUUUACUCUAUGGACUGUUUUUUAGCUAAGCGGUGGUGAUUUUUUUCAGGGUGGCUUGCACUCUUCACUUUUUCAUACCUGUUUCUGACCCCAGGCACUGACCAUUCCAUGGGCUUUGCCACCUCGCAAGAACCUCAUCCACUGUGCUGGAGGAGAAAGCCAGGUUAUUUGGUCUCUGUUCUUUGUUGUACCCUCAUGGUGACAGACAUGGCUACAAAAACCAACUCUUCCCCUUCUGGAGCCAAUGAGUCCUUUUCAUCUGCCUGAUUGAAGCCUGGGGUAGUAGAGGCAUCUCCCCAGUGCCUGAUUGGAAGGGUGUUCCUCUGUGAGUAAUGGGCAGAGCGCCAAACGCACACCGUAACAGGCAGAGACUGCGGCUGCGAAUGUAGUGUUUUUCUCUCUAACACUCUUUUUUUUUUUCAAAAAGCUAUUUCAGUAGCUGUUUGGAGCAAAGAAACUGGAACUUCAAAUAUAUGAUACUGUGAAUUCUCAAGCACAUUCAUGGAACUGUCACCCACCUCCUUAACCUUUUGGUCCCUUCAGAAAUAGCCUUUCCCCUCCCUCUCCCAAUACAGUAGAUCAAACUUUAUGGACAGUAGUCUCAAGACAACAGCUGCUGACCCCCCAAGUGGACUGUGCAACAUCCACCCAGCAAGCACAAUCAGCAGAAGCGAAGCAUCAAAACGUCCUUGUUCUACCUAACGGCUUCAAGGAGAGACUAAGGGGGGCUUAAUGAGGUGUGAGAGGAAGGCUCUGUUUCUGACCACUCGAUGCUCCCAAGUACGACAGUGCUGAGAUUGGCUUUGAACUGUCGGAUUCUGCCAAGAAGCCUUCCUGAGGCAGCUUCACUGAUCUAGAAGUAUCAGAGUAGCCAGACCUGGCUGCUUCUCUUCUCCCCACUAGGGCCUACCCGUAGGAGUUGAUCCCUAAGCCAAGGCCCUUGUGGGCCUGGGACCUUUGUCUCCUUUCCCAGGGUUGUAGCAUGACCUGGGAAUCAGAGCAUGUCUUCCUUCCAUAAGUCUUGACUAUUUUCUACUUGAGUUUGAGGCUUUCUGGAUUUGGUUUUGAAGUGUUAGAACUAAUAUCCUCAGGAUUCAUGAUCACAGUGUUCCCCUGUGCCUGCCUCCCAGGCACCUGCCUAACCUAGCUCGGGGCUGUGGCCUACAAUUGAGGAUUUUCUCUCACAGUGACUGGUCUUCCCAUUGGCCUUCCUCUUUAGUCCCAAACAUAUCUUCCUGAGCCCUACCCUGGAAGGAGCAAGGGCUUCCUAGAAUGAGGACAAGGUGAGCUGCAAGGGGGAGGCAAGAAAGUCAGCAGUUUGUCCAAGCCACAGAGUGGCAUCACGCAGCUCACUCAUGUCAGCACCCUCCCCUCAGGCUGCCAUUCUGUGGCCUCCCUCCCCCAGAGCUUGUAAACCAGGAGUGGUGCCACAGCAGGCCAUGAGCGCCCACUUACUUUGGAAUCGAUCCCAGCUGGGGGAAAAGAGUGGACCUCGGUGAGCUAUCGGCUGAAGUGGUAUCCCCUUUGGGAAGGCAGGGCCCCCGCCCACCUGCUGCUUUAGUCACAAAGACCAACCCAGAAUGGAGCCAGUGAAAACACAGCCCCCAGUCAAAAAGGCAUACCAUGAGCCAUGGUAUAUAGCAGCAAAGCCCACAAUUCCCAAGAGGAAGCUGAUCACUCACAGAAGGGGGGCGAGGCUCAGACAAGCAUUUGUCACAUAGGGAACCAGGCCAGAGGGAGUGGAAGGCUCAUUGUAAGCCCAUCACCAUCAGGAGGGAAAAUACCACAAAGCAUCUCUUUCUAUGGAGGAGAAGCCAGCAGUAUUAUCUUCACAUAUGAAGGAUACAGCAAAGAGUUGAGAAUAUCAUGAAACGUGCCAGUGGAGCCCAGAAAGUUUGGUGUAAGGCUACAUUUUUUGGCAAGAGUGAGGACUGAGGUUUACUGAAAAGUUGUCCCAGAGCAGAGUGACGUGACUUUUAAAGCAUGAACAUGGUUGAGCCGAGUCCUCAUCCCAACUUCAUCCCUCCUUGACUCAUACAAACCAAGCCCCAGAGAAAUUAAAUGGAUCAUCUGUUGUCGCACAGCUAGUGAGUGGUGGCUCCAUCACCUGGCUCAGAAGGGGCUCACUCACUAGCUGUGUGGCCUUAGUCAAACAUUUUUCUCCCGUGGUCCUGUUCCCUCCUUCAAGCAUAGUGGGGGUCAUUUGGCCUGCAAUAUUCCCUGCCCCACAGCCUCUCUCUUCUCUCCUCCCCUUGACUUUAACCCGGCAGGAGAUGUUGAGACUAUUUGGAUUUUUCUCUGCCUAUCGUAUUUUACAUGUGAAAAGAACCAGAUGCAAAGGAGAUGGUGGGCUGCCCUGCCAGGGCACCAAGGGCAGGAGAAAUAUAUAGGGCAAGAUCAGAAAUCCUCCCAGGCUUAGGGACUUGGCAGGAACUUGACCAAAGCGACUCAGACACACCACAGACAACUUUCUCUACAGUUUUAUUCUCUUCCACCUCAAGAUGAGACUGCUGGGAUGGCUGUCUCACAGCUCGCCCUGUCAUCCCUAGCUGCGGGCUGUCCUGAGCUUCUGUUACAGCAUCUCAGGCCCACUCAGUAUCCAGUACAGUGGGACAUGGGGGAGAG